CGACAUUUGUGCCAUCAUUGCACCACAGCACUGCCUAGGAAUACAUGUAGACCCGAAACUCACAUCAUCACAAUGGAAUCUGUCAAGGAUAAAACAGAAACGGUCAUGCCGGAAGCCAAUGGCUUAUUGGUCGCAGUUCUCCCGUACAUCUCGUUAAUCAUGGAUUAAUUCACCAUCUUAACACCGCCUAGAGACCGCUAAUACCGAAGGAUAAAUUAGCCAUGGAAUCCAAUGACUCUUAUGAUUAUAACAGCGAUUAUGUCACCGACAUUAUGGCUUUGCCUACGGAACCACCAGAGGUCAUGCCCCCAACCACAGUCUUUCAGUGGAUUGCUCUAUUUUUGUACAUCCUUGUGGUCGUGCUUGGUAUUCCCGGGAACACCUUGGUGGUGUGGAUCACAGCCUUUGACAUGAAACGCACUGUGAACACUAUAUGGUUCCUAAAUCUGGCAGUGGCCGAUCUCCUGUGCUGUCUCUCUGCUUCACUGAGUAUCAUGACUAUAGCCCUUGGAUACUGGCCCUUGGGCCUCUUCGCCUGCAAGUUUAACUUUUCCAUUCUUUUGAUCAACAUGUAUGCCAGCGUCAUCCUUCUGACUUUGAUCAGUAUAGAUCGGUGUGCCUUGGUGAUGAAACCUGUAUGGUGUCAGAACAACAGAACUCUAAUAAAGGCCUAUGUGGCGUGCGCAGUUAUGUGGAUCCUGGCCGUCAUCUUAGCCAUGCCAUCCUUUAUCUUUCGGAAAAUUGGUAUAUACUAUGGGAAGGAACAUUGUACACAAGACUAUUCAUCAGUUGGACAUAACAAUCAACAGAGAGUAGAAAACGCCAUCGCAAUUUUACGUCUACUAUUAGGCUUUAUUAUUCCAUUUCUUGUCAUUGUUACCUGCUAUAGCAUACUAAUAAAUAGGGUGAAAGAACGAUUUAACCAGAACACCAAAACCUUGAAAGUAGUCCUUGUAGUCAUCCUUGGGUUCUUCAUAUGUUGGCUUCCAUACCACGUAGCGGGGCUGAUUCUGGCUUCGGAAGCGACGGACUCAGACAUGUUCAAAUCCACUUUAAAAGUCGAUCCCAUAUUGAUCGCCAUCGCUUUCAUGAACAGCUGUAUUAACCCCAUCAUUUACGUGUUGAUGGGCCAGGAUUUCAAAAGCAAAUUUAAAAAAUCAUUCCGAUCGAUUCUUAAAAACGUCUUGACGGAAGACUCGAGUCAGACACUUGACUCCAAGAAGAAGUCAAUAUCAGAAACCAGGAAUACGGACACUCUUGUAUAAUGGGAUAUUAAUCUCCGUCGCAAAUAAUGCAGCAAAUGGUGCCAUAAAUAACCCUAAUUUGUAUAAAUGUACAGUAUUAUAUAGAGGGUGCAGUGGAGGCAUAGGCACAAUAUGGAGUAAGAUUAAACCCAGCAUGGGGUUAUAAAUCUGUGUAUAGAGAGAGGCAUAGAAUGAAUGAGGUAUUGGAAAUGACACUGUAUUCACAUUGAUCGACAACAAUAUUUCCUGGGUGUAUAUUCUGCCAUGUGAAUAGGCCCUUAAAGGGGUACUCCGCCCCUAGACAUCUUAUCCCCUAGCCAAAGGAUAGGGAAUAUGUCUGAUCGACUGCGGCACCCCAGACAUCCGUUGCACAGAGCGAACUUCACUCCAAGCCAGAUAAUUGCCAAUCUGGGGCGGAGG